AUGCCUCUCCACCGUCCUGUCGUCUCAAUGUUCUGCAGCAGAAGAUCACUGUCACUUCUACAACGAAACCCCUCAACAUUCCUCCGUUCAUUGUCCAAGACCCCCGCCACUCUAUUCAGUGCAAGAAUGGCAUCCACGCUCCCAAGAAUACCUCUCUUCGAAGCUAUCUCAAGCCAUGACCCCAAAUCUAUAUCAGUAAUACAUUCAGCCUCUGGGAGACGGUUUACAUAUGGUCAAUUAUUACACGAUGUAGCAGAAAGAAGAGACAAACUCUCGAACGAAGCUGGGCAAAAGGGAUUAGAAGGGGAAAGAGUUGCUUUCCUUGUAGAAAAUAGCUAUGAUUAUGUGGUGACUUUACUUUCCAUCUUUGGUACACACUCUAUAGCUGUCCCAUUGUCCCCGGCAUUUCCUGCACAUGAAUUACAAUAUAUCUUGGACCAAAGCGAGGCUUCAAUGUUGUUGUCUUCAACCAAAUUCGAGAGCAAGGCUCAGGAAGUGAUGAAUACUGAUCUGGAAUCCAAACCAAAACAUAUUAAGCUUGAGAAAAAGCUUGAGAACUCAGACUAUGGCAAAGUCACGUUGGAAGGGCCAUCAGAGGGUAAAGGAGGCAUGAUGUUGUAUACGUCAGGCACAACCAACAGACCUAAAGGAGUUUUGCUUCCUCAAUCGGUCCUGACAGCACAAUCAAAAUCUCUGAUCGAAGCUUGGAACUACAGUCCUCAAGAUCAUCUCCUUCAUGUCCUCCCUCUUCAUCAUAUUCACGGCACUGUAAAUGCUAUUCUUGCACCCCUGUUUACCGGUUCUACGAUCGAGUUUCUCUUCCCAUUCAACGCCACGGGCGUUUGGCAACGCUUCGCUGCCCCCUUCCUACCGGAUACCCAAAUCAAGGAACCCAUUACGUUCUUUACAGUCGUCCCCACAGUCUAUAAUCGUCUUCUGAAAACCCACAAAGAUCUCUCACCCGAACAACAAUCUGCAGCAAAAGAAGCCGUCUCCCCCUCAAACCUCCGCCUCAACAUCUCUGGCAGCGCCGCCCUUCCCACUCCCACCAAGAAUGCUUGGUCCACCCUCUCCUCCAACAACAUCCUUCUCGAACGCUAUGGCAUGACCGAAGUGGGCAUGGCCCUCUCCUGUGGUCUGUCACCCACAGACCGCGUGGACGGCAGCGUAGGCUGGCCCCUCCCCACCGUCCAAGUCCGACUCGUCGAUACCGAAACCAACGAAGUGAUUGCUCCCGGCUCGGAACUCGACUCCAACGGUAAAGAACGCGAUGGAGAGAUCCAGCUCCGCGGCCCCACAAUCUUCAAAGAAUACUGGCGUAACCCAGAAGCCACACUCAAAGAGCACGUCGAUGAUCCCGAUGGCGGCGGUCGCUGGUUCAAAACGGGCGAUGUGGCUGUCCGUCGCCAUGUUGACAGCGCGGGGAAGAGUGACCAGGAGUGGGCUAAAGGACCUAUGUAUUUCAUCCGCGGUCGCAAAUCAGCUGACAUUAUCAAAUCCGGAGGGGAAAAAGUAAGCGCGCUUGAGGUAGAGCGGGAGAUGCUAUCGCUUCCCCAAAUAUCAGAAUGUGCAGUCUGUGCCGUGCCAUCGGGAAACUGGGGCCAAAAAGUUGGUGCGGUAGUAGUAUUGAAUGAAGAAUUUCUAGAGGGAAAGAAAUGGGGACCAUUGGAUAUGAGAAGAGCGCUCAAGGAACGAUUGGCGGGAUAUAAGAUCCCGCAGGUGAUGAGGGUCGUGGAGAGUAUUCCAAGGAAUGCAAUGGGGAAGAUCAAUAAGAAGGUGCUUGUGAAGAGCGUUUUUGUAGAUGAUAUUAGUGGAGAUGAAAUGUGA